UACAAAUCAGUUUUUGGCGGUACGCGCACCGAGACGGUUCAGGCACGCAGCGUAGGAGCUUAAUCCGUUGCACCAAGCAAAAAGCUGAUUGCUGCGAAACUCGUGUGCGUAAAAAUUUGGCGCGUACAGGCGAAAGUCGAGCUACGAAAAUAAGCUGAAGAAAAAUCUAUAACAAGUAUUUGUGUAAAACUAAAAAUGAUAUAAAUUCAGGGCGCAAUUAGGAACCCGAAAAGAAAAAAAAAUAUAUAAAAAUAAAUCUGUAGUGCUUAAGAGCUAAACGAGCUAAGUGAAUUUGUGCUAAUUAAGUGAUGGCUGCCACGCCCACAAUUGUGUUUGAAAACGGCACCAUGCUGGGCGCCAUGAGCGAGCAAAGGAAACAACAGCCGCCCCCGCUGCCAAAUUCGACAUUUGUCAUACCGGAAAUUGUGAUUAGCGCCAGUCAGAGCAGCAACAGCCUCCAUCGCAGUCGCCAUGACAUUGAGGCAGCGCAUCCGAAUGGAAAUGAGGAAAUGUCUGCCGAAUGUACAGCGCUGUUAGAGCAGCAGCAACAACAACAACAACAGCAGCAGCAUCGGCAGCAAUGUGGCCUCUCGGCGGAGGAGGAUAACGAAUUCGAGCAAUUCAUCUUGAAUCGCACCACAUCCGAGAGCAACAUGCUCGAGUCGAGCAUCUACAGUGAGCUGCAAUUCACGUCGACUGCAGCUGGCGCCGCUGCACCGCCCUCAGCAGCAGCGCUCAAUACGAGCGCCUGCUCGCGUUCCGACUCGCGCCAGAGCAAGCGCACGCGCCGCAAGACCCACACCAAGGGCAGUAGCAAAGGCAAAUGCAACAACAACAACAACAACAACAAUCCCGUUGCAGUUGCUGGCGCUGGCGCCACAGUUGCUGCCAAUGGAGCGCCACCUGUUGGCAGCUAUCCGCCACAGUACACGGCCAUCUUCCUCGACCAUCAUCAUCAUCAUCAUAACGCCGCGGCGGCAGCGGCAGCGGCUGCGGCAGCCAAUGCCAUGGCCAAUGCUGCAGCCACUUCACCCUUCCUCAAUGCGAAUCCCGAGCUGCAAUACCAUCAAUACUAUCAGCAGCGACCCAUGGGUCUGACCCAUCCGCAUGGUCAUCAUCAUCUGCGCAGGACGCUCCUGGACGUGGCUGUACCGCUGGCCGGUGGCAGCGGCGAUGUGGGCAGCAGCUUGGCCGGCACCAAUCUGAACAUGUCCGCCAUGGCGGGUGGCGGUGCCGCGGACGGCGUGGAGCUGGGCGGUGCGCCGUUGGGGUACAGUUUUCGCAAAUGGUUUGCGCGACCCUCGCUGCCCUUCGUCAUUGGCAUCUUUGCGCUGGGCGGCGUUGCCUGCACCCUGGGCGGCAUUGUGCUCGGGUCCACUGGGCUGAUUGAGCACUCGACGCAGUAUCUGAGCGCGGCGCUGCUGAUGAUUGGCAUUGGCGUCUCGCUGCUGGUCAUUUCGGGCGCCAUCUGGCGGCUCAGUUUGCCGGACGAUGUCGACGACUGCCCCUGCUUCCGGCGCAUGGAGACGUGCCGGAACUGCAAUAGUCCGCACUGCACGAAUCGCCUGCUGCCGGGCAGCUAUCUCUAUCCAGAGUUUCAGCACCGACCCCCGCCGCCCUCCUACUUGACGUCGCUGAAUGAAUACGCCUUCGUCUAUCAUCCCAGCGCUCAUCCGCAGGCCGCGUAUGCAGCGGUGCGCAUGAAUACGCCGCCGCCGCUCUAUCGCUCCACCUACUCCUUGAACACUUCAGCUUCGCACAUGCUCUCAGCUGGCAUGUCCUUGCCGCCCACCAGCGAACAGGUGCUGGAGGAGCCGGUGACACGCGAGGCCAUCAGCCAAACGUCCUUCAAGGAGCUGGAGAUUGUCGAGCUGCACGAGGAUCAGGCUGCCCUGCCGCUCACACGCGAAGCCGAGAGCCAAACGCUCUUCAAGGAGGUGGAACUCGAUUAGAACUCGAACGAAUCUCUCUCCCACUCCUGAAUCUCGACUGAUUUUCAUCAUAUACAAACUAUAUAUAUUCAUAUAUGCAUAUUUAUGUACGAUCUACACAUACAUAUUCAGAUCUGCGUAUCUUCAACAUAUUGAGAACUGUACAAAUUUAGUUUUAGUUUUUAUUUUUGCUCUCUUAGUGGAAUUUAAGUGUAUAU